UGGUUUUGACUUAUUAAUAGUGGUUUUAGGUGCCAACAACACCCGCCAACACCAAUCGUUGCUUUUGUUUGAUUUCGUUUGAUUUUGUCAAAUUGCAGGGUUUUUCUGAAUCCGUCAACUCCUUCCUUAAUCGGCUGAUUUUCAUCUUGUUUUAACGAUUCGUUUACAAAAAGUUUUGUUUUUUUUGUUAAUUUAUCUUUAACAGAAAAAUGAAUCAAAAUCAAACUCAUUGACUUUUAAAUUUGUCGACAAAUCGUAGCUUUCGUGACCGGUUUUAUUGGUGAGAUCGAAGGAUUUAUAACUUAGGGUUUUAGUGAAGAUGUUGGGCGCUGGAUUGCAGCAUGGACGUAGUAGUGGUGGAGAGGAUAGGUUUUACAUGCCGGCGAAAGCGAGAAGGAUUCGUCAGCAUCAAGAGAACCUCCGUAGAGCUCAAAGUGACGUUACUCCGACCCAAUCUACGACAUCUUCUGUCAGGGAGGAGCCGGAGAAUCGACUCAUGCAGCCAUCAAAUCCGGUGCCGUUGGAAUCCUCAGUGGUGGCGGUGCCGGCAACAUCAUCGUUGUGUAAUCUUGAACGGUUUUUGGAAACUGUUACGCCUUCUGUUCCUGUUCAACAUCUCUCCAAGCAGAGAACUAUGAGAGGAUGGAAGACAAGUGAUGUGGAAUAUCAACCAUACUUUGUUCUUGGUGAUUUGUGGGAAUCUUUCAAGGAGUGGAGUGCUUAUGGUGCAGGAGUUCCUUUGAUAUUGAAUGAAGCUAAUUGUGUGAUCCAGUAUUAUGUGCCUUAUCUAUCUGGAAUUCAAAUAUAUGUAGACCCUUUGAACUCUUCAAUAAAAUCCAGGAAACCAACUGAGGAUAUUGAUGAUAACUCAUUUACGGAUUCAAGUAGUGAUGUGAGCAGUGAUUAUGAACAUGAAAGGGGUUCUUUACAUUAUCUAAGGGAGAAGAGUGAUCAAUACUCAAAGAAUGACAUUCUUGACCUAAUGGAUGAUUUGUCAAUGAAUGAUGAGAACAAUGUACUUCAAGAAGACUUUUCUAGUGAUGAUGGUGAUUCUGCCACCACUCAAAGUUGCUUGAUAUUUGAGUACAUGGAACAUAGUCAGCCUUUGGGCAGAGAACCUUUGAGUGAUAAGAUACUUGAUCUUGCUCAACGCUUCCCUGAAUUGAAAAGUCUAAGAAGUUGUGACUUGCUGCCAUCUAGUUGGCUUUCUGUCGCUUGGUACCCAAUAUACAGAAUUCCCAUGGGGCCCACCUUGAAAGAUCUUGAUGCUUGUUUUCUAACUUUUCAUUCCCUUCACACUCCUACUACAGGCAAUGAAUGUGAGCAUCCACCUGUUGUAAGGCAUUUCAGUGGGACGGGUGUGGUCUCAUUACCAGCAUUUGGUCUUGCUUCAUACAAAUUCAAGGCACCACUGUGGGUCCCCAAUGAAUUGCCAUUGAUGACCUCUUUGUUACAAGCUGCUGACACCUGGUUGACUUCACUUCAAGUCAACCAUCCAGAUUAUCUUUUCUUUUCACGUAGAUGAUAUGAUAUCAUCAUAAUUGAUUUUAAACCUUUGUAACAAACCCAUAAUAUUUAGUUGACAUAUUGUAUGAAAAAAUAUAAAAAAAAAGAGAAAUAACAAAAAAGGAAAAGAAAGAAAGAAAGAGGUAGAGUAGGAGGUGUGAGGUGAGGUAUGUUUUGUUAUAGAGAAGUAACCAGUAAAUUGUUAUCUUUUGCAUGCUUGAUAUU